UGCAUAGAGUGGCCUGCAGGCAUCUUCUCUCACUCUGUUUCUCGUUCUUUCUGGGGGCAUCUUCUGGAAAUAAAGCCAGAGCCUUUUCGAAAUUUUCUGCUUUGCCAGUCUCGACUUUUUACAUAUUCUUGAAUCCCAGAAAAAACCCAGAUCUCCUUUUCGAUUCCCGGGAAACAAAAAGCAAGAAAAUCCAAGAAAAAGAGAAGGUGAUUGGCGGAGGAGGAAUUGAAGAAGAAGAUGAAUAAUUCAGUUUCGGAUCGGAGUUUUUACAUUGAGAGUGAGGAAGAAGAUGAUGAGGAAAAGGAAUUCAAUAAGAGCAUUGAAGACGGAGGCGAAUCGGAUUCUUCUGCCGAAUCUUUUACUGAGAAUCGGCAGCCGAAUAAUCCCAGUUCUCACAACAAUCAAUGGCCUCAAAGUUACAGGCAAUCCAUUGAUCUCUAUGGUAGUGUUCCAUCCCCUAGUAUUGGGUUUCUGGGCACUCCUUCAUUGUCAAGACUAGGAAGUUCAUUUCUUUCCUCAUCCCUAACAAGAAGGCACACUCCCGAAACACUACCUUUCUUGUCAAAACCGUUACCAAGGGUCGCAGAUGAGCAACAACAGCAGCAGCAGAGACGCAGUUCUCAUUCUCUGCUUCCUCCUCUGCCAAGGAGGUCUUCAGUUAGAAAAGAUGAGAAAGCAUCCAGGGUUACUCAUGACCAUCAUCCGAUGUCUCGCCACAGCUCAUUUGCACAAGCCGUGAUCAAUGGAAUUAACGUUCUUUGCGGGGUUGGGAUCCUUUCGACACCAUACGCGGUCAAAGAAGGAGGAUGGCUUGGGCUCUUCAUUUUACUUAUUUUUGCAGUGCUUUCGUUCUACACAGGAUUGCUCCUGCGUUAUUGCUUGGAUAGCCAACCUGGGCUUGAGACUUAUCCAGAUAUUGGCCAAGCUGCAUUUGGUACUGGAGGCAGAAUCGCCAUCUCGAUAAUACUGUACGUGGAAUUAUAUGCUUGUUGCAUAGAAUAUAUAAUUUUGGAGAGUGAUAACUUGUCUUCACUAUUUCCAAAUGCGCAACUGAGUUUGGGCGGAUUCGUGUUAGAUGCUCACCUUUUGUUUGCGAUUGUGACCACCCUUGCUGUUCUUCCUACUGUAUGGCUUCGAGACCUCAGUGUUCUUAGCUAUAUCUCAGCUGGUGGAGUCAUUGCAUCAAUCUUGGUCGUCCUUUGCCUCUUUUGGGUUGGUCUAGUAGAUGGAGUUGGCUUUGAGAACAAAGGAACACCACUGAACCUUGCAACCCUUCCUGUUGCUAUGGGUCUCUACGGUUACUGCUACUCAGGACAUGCUGUUUUCCCAAACAUUUAUACUUCAUUGGAAAACCGAAGCCAAUACCCUGCAAUCCUCUUAACCUGUUUUUGUAUUUGCACUUUCAUGUACGGUGGAGUUGCUGUCAUGGGUUACACGAUGUUUGGAGAAGUAACACAGUCGCAGUUCACUCUCAACAUGCCUCACGAUUUAGUUGCGACCAAGAUUGCUCUGUGGACUACGGUGGUCAACCCCUUCACAAAAUAUGCAUUAACUAUAUCUCCCGUUGCAAUGAGUCUGGAGGAGCUGGUACCAUCAAACAAGUCUCACAUAUACGCAAUCUUAAUUAGAACGGCACUGGUUGUCUCUACCCUGGUUGUCGGUCUCUGCAUCCCCUUCUUUGGUCUCGUGAUGUCACUGAUUGGAUCUUUAUUUACAAUGCUUGUAACAUUGAUACUUCCAUGUGCUUGUUAUCUGAGCAUCUUGAGGGGACGCAUAACUCGAUUUCAGGGAACACUUUGUAUUAUAAUUAUAAUGGUAGGCGUUGUAUCAUCGGCGUUCGGGACAUUUUCGGCCAUUUCGAAAAUUGUUGAGAGCUUGAGAAACCCUACAUAGCUGAAGUUUUUGGGACAUGUUCUUGAGCAGUGAGAGACCGCAUGAUUAUGUAUUAUGGAUUAUUUUUAGAAGAGUAUCUAUGAUCUCUUGGUAUUCAUUCACAAUUUUGAGUUAUCUUUGCAUUUGUAUCCUGCUUUCCUAUCUUGUUUUCCAAUUUAUAUUGCUUGCAGUAACAUUACAUUUUGCUACACCAUUCAAUAAGUUAGUAGUAUUAUAUAUACACAAUUUUAGUAGUG